AUGCAACGACAACAACAAUAAUAAUAGCUACAACAAAUUUACAUACCUACUUUCGAGGAGAAACAACAAAUCUUAUAAAGAUUGAUCUUACUUUUAAUAAAUAAAUAGAGAAAACCAAAAGACAGUUUUGAUUAAAAAAAUGAUGAAGAAGAAACUAAUUUUGAUACUAUAUUGGAUGGAAUAGAAAAUAAUUCUCAUAUCUCUAAAAUAUCCUCAGACAAUUGUUCAAGUUACAUAUAGAUUAAUAUUUCAAAUUAUGAAGCUUAGAUUUUAAAAUGCCUUCUUGAUAGCUUCUAAAAAGAUAUUUAGUCAUAGAUAUCAUGUUAUGAAAAGAAUGCUAAAGGAUAAUCAGACAUCUAAAAUCAAUAAAUUUCUUAUGUUAUUGAACCUCGGGAAAAUUUUAAAUCAGAUGUCAUUAAACCUAACUAAUUUUAGAAUUCAGAUGAAGAAAUCAAUACUUAGAAAAAGAAAAAGAAAAAGAAUCCUAAAGCAAAAAUUGAAAAAUUCUUAAAUGAAUAAUAAAUAUUACUCAGUUUAAAGAAUAUGAGACACGAAUAUAAUAAGCGUCUGGAAUAUCUUAAGGAGAUUAAAUAGGCUAAUAAGAGCCUUGAAAAUAUUAUGAGAUUAAAAGAUAAAACUCCUAAAUAUAGAAUAUAUGAAAAAGAAAAUAAAGAUAAUUUAAUAAUUUUGUUGGAAUGCACAAAAAUAAUAAAUGAAAUUCAAUAAACGUUCUAAUAGUAGGAUUAUGAAAUGGAAGGAUUAGGUAAAUGA